AAAAAUUGAAGCGUUGACAAAAAAAAAAGUUAAACAGAUUAAAACGAUGUCGUUUAAAGGAUUUCAUUAACACAAAAUCUGCGUUCAACGAGUUCGCUAUUUUCCCGUAAUUUUGGUCUGAGGUUUUGGUGACGAUGGCGACGGCGGUAGUGAUGAACGGCGAGCUGAAAAAGCAACCUCGGCCAGGUAAAGGCGGCUAUCAGGGCCGUGGAUUAACUGAAGAAGAAGCUCGAGUUCGCGCCAUAUCGGAGAUUGUUAGCACCAUGAUUGAGCGUUCACACCGCAACGAGAAUGUUGACCUAAACGCAAUUAAAACCGCCGCUUGCCGGAAAUACGGCCUAGCACGUGCGCCUAAGCUCGUGGAGAUGAUUGCUGCGCUUCCUGAUUCAGAGAGAGAGACUCUUCUCCCGAAGCUCCGUGCCAAACCGGUUCGAACAGCUUCAGGGAUCGCCGUUGUGGCGGUUAUGUCGAAGCCUCAUAGGUGCCCGCAUAUAGCUACGACGGGGAAUAUAUGCGUUUAUUGUCCCGGUGGACCUGACUCUGACUUUGAGUAUAGUACUCAGUCUUACACUGGAUAUGAGCCUACCAGCAUGCGAGCUAUUCGAGCCAGGUACAAUCCAUAUGUUCAGGCAAGAAGCAGGAUAGAUCAGCUGAAGCGGUUGGGUCACAGUGUAGAUAAGGUUGAGUUCAUUUUGAUGGGAGGUACUUUCAUGUCACUGCCUGCUGAGUAUCGGGAUUUCUUCAUACGGAAUCUUCAUGAUGCUUUAUCAGGACACACUUCUGCCAACGUUGAAGAGGCAGUUGCUUACUCUGAACAUAGUGCAACUAAAUGCAUUGGGAUGACAAUUGAAACGAGGCCAGAUUACUGCCUUGGACCUCAUUUACGACAAAUGCUGAUUUACGGUUGCACCCGGCUAGAGAUAGGUGUCCAGAGCACAUAUGAAGAUGUUGCCCGUGACACAAAUAGAGGUCAUACUGUUGCUGCUGUAGCUGACUGCUUCUGCUUGGCUAAAGAUGCUGGUUUCAAGGUGGUUGCACAUAUGAUGCCUGAUCUUCCUAAUGUUGGGGUUGAGAGAGACAUGGAAAGUUUCAAGGAGUUUUUCGAGAGCCCAUCUUUUAGAGCAGAUGGGUUAAAAAUAUAUCCCACCCUUGUGAUCCGUGGAACUGGACUUUAUGAACUAUGGAAAACUGGGAGGUACCGAAAUUAUCCACCUGAGCAGCUUGUGGAUAUAGUUGCAAGGAUUCUCUCCAUGGUACCUCCAUGGACACGUGUAUAUAGAGUUCAGCGUGAUAUUCCUAUGCCUCUGGUUACGUCAGGGGUAGAAAAAGGAAAUCUUCGUGAACUGGCUCUAGCCAGAAUGGAUGACUUGGGCCUUAAAUGCCGUGAUGUCCGUACUCGUGAAGCUGGAAUUCAGGACAUUCAUCAUAAAAUUAAGCCAGAACAAGUAGAGCUUGUGCGUCGUGAUUACACUGCCAAUGAAGGUUGGGAGACGUUCCUUUCUUAUGAAGAUACACGCCAGGACAUUCUUGUUGGAUUGCUACGUUUGCGAAAAUGCGGGAAGAAUGUAACGUGUCCAGAACUCAUGGGAAAGUGUUCUGUUGUCCGUGAGCUUCAUGUAUACGGAACAGCUGUACCAGUUCAUGGUCGAGAUGCUGAUAAGUUGCAACAUCAGGGCUAUGGUACACUUCUGAUGGAAGAAGCAGAGAGGAUUGCUAGAAGAGAACAUCGAUCUAACAAAAUCGGUGUGAUUUCUGGUGUAGGAACCAGACAUUACUACAGAAAGUUGGGUUAUGAAUUGGAAGGUCCUUACAUGGUGAAGCAUCUUCUUUGAAAUUAUGUUUACUUAAAAACCAAAUUCGUAAAAUCUUUAUGUUGAACUAGUGAGAUUAAUCCCUUGUGGUAUCAUUUUGCUCUUUAAAUUUUCAUAGUCAAAAAGUUGAGAAAACGGCUAAUUCCUUCACGAACUAUGGCGAUUUUGUAAGAUUAAUCUGUAAUGCGUACACAUGUUGCUAAGUUUUACAGAAUUUUGCAUCCAAAAACGCCUGAACUAAAAUCAUCAUUCAUCACUUCCACUUGUAAGCAAAAGAUGUUCACAUCAUCUAAAAUAAACCUUCGAAAACUACAAAUUAACCGAAGAUUGACUUGGCUCUUCGUUGUAGUCUAGAUCCAUGAACUCAAAUCCUUCAUCUGAUGUGUUCCGAUUCUUCGGUCUUAUAUACUCCACCCCAACAUUACCACACUUCCUCGUAUUGUGUCCAAUUACACCACAUCUGCCACAACGAACAAUCCUUCCCUCUCUCGUAACUUUGGUUACCUUCACUGGAGGAGACUCUUGCACUUCCUUUUUCCUUUUAGGAUUCUUACUUCUCUCCUCAUGAAACUCCACAGAAGAAUCAGGGCUUGAG